GACUACAGUUCGUUCAACGAGACACAUUUAAUAUAUAUUCGGCAGCAAAAAUGUCGAAAGAAGCGGCUAAGCCGAAGAAGCCGCUACCCAACUAUAAGUUUCCUAUGCAUGAUACGCAUUUGAAAAAAACUUUGGGAAAUGUGAGAGUUGCUUGCGUUUUGGCCUUGAUUGCACCGCUCCUUCUGUACGUCUUUCACAAUGGACCGCGUAAGACUAAGUACAAGAAUUUCUAUUCCACUUACGAUCCGAUGACAUCCUUCAAUCGUAUGCAAAAGGGAGGCUAUUUAACCUCAUGUCCGGGCGGUGGCGGUGGCGGUGAUAAGAAAAAAGACGAUAAGAAGAAGGACGAGAAAAAGGAUGACAAGAAGGACGACAAGAAAAAGAAGUAGCAGAGCGAAAUGCAUUAGAAAACAAAAAUUACAUAGAAACCCAUACACAAAUUCCAAACACUUGUACACUAAACAGCACAACACUAGGAAAGGAAAUUUCUACGCAUAUGAAUUCUAAGAAAUUGUCAACACUCAAUGACACAAAAAACUAUUUGACUAGAAGGCACAUUCUCGUGCCUGCACACACUAUUAAUAAAUACUGGAGCAUUGCAAAUUUUGCGGA